AUGGUUGGUGGAUGGAAGUGUGUUGACAAUGAAGGAUCUUUGACAGUCUGGGACGGAGCGACGCAGCACACCAUCUGCAACGUCUUGUCGCAUUACCACAAAGAAUCUAAGCAGAACUUGAUGUACGUCCAAUUCCGCUCUGGAUGGUUUGGUAUUGGCCAAGCAAGGUGCAGAGCAAAGAGCAUCAAAAUAGACAGCUUGGACUUGACCAACUUUCUAGUCGAAGAUUCGAAGGAACAAGGCAAAGAUAAGCAGAGAUUCUGUGGAGGAGCUAUAAUAACACCUUAUCAUGUACUAACGGCAGCACAUUGCAUUUAUCGACUCAACGAAGCGCUUGGUGUGGUCGUUGGAGAACAUGAUUUCACAAGGGAUGAUGAGACUAAUGCCACCCAGACCAUACGCGUAAGACAUAUUAUUCAACAUGAGAACUAUGUUCAUAGGAACAUGGUCAAUGACGUAGCGAUAUUGGUAUUAGCUAAAAAAAUUGAUUUUAAUAAACUAGUUGGCCCUGUAUGUAUGCCGUCGAUGAAAUAUGAUCUCCUUAACAAACAUCUGAAAGUCUUAGGAUGGGGUUUGACCGUUGACGGAGGUAACUUUUCCGACACUUUACAGCAAGUAGAUUUGACAGUAAUUGAAUUGAAAACGUGCGCAUCAAAAUAUGAAAAUUACAUUGAUCUAGAGAAUCCUAAACAGAUUUGCACUUUUGGAGAAAAUAAAGACUCAUGUCAGAACUUCUCCAUGGCUCUAGAAGAAGGGGAGACACCAAAACUAAGAUGGUCAGAUGGUGUGACAAGAGAUUCAAGGGAUGUUCUGGGAGUCAGGAGUUGGAUGAUGGUCGCACAGAACAGAGAUGACUUGAGGAAGCUGGUGGUGGAGAUCAAGACUCGUCACCGAAUUGUAGCACUGUGA